CCUCCACCCCCACCCCCACCCAGCAGCACUUUCUGUAAGGUCGAGCGUCGAGCUGCGCGAUCUGCACCUCUGCCGCAGCAGUUAUGCACAGUUCCUGUCGGAUAGGAGUCGCGUUAAACCCAGCAGAAUCCGCCCCAGGCUCCGAGCUGCGUCCCCACCGGCUGGUGUCGUCGUUGCGGUUGUCGGUGGCGAACACGGAGCGGGAGGCUGGCUGCUGCCGUCUUCUCGCUUGUUUAAAAUGAAACGACAUGGCUGUGGCUGUGACUCAAGCAACAUACGCGGUUCGGCGGGCGACUCCUGGAAACCAUAAGCAGUCGUGAGCGCGAGGGGGGGGAAAUCAUCUGAAUGAAAGACGCAAGUGGGGUUGGGUGGCCAUGGACCCAUUCAGCCAGCUUAUCCUCACCAUCUCGGUGACCAGCUUCCUCACCUUCCAGUGGCUGUUCCACAGAGUCAGCCCCUGGAUGUCCAUGCGCAUCAGCCGUGGCUUCUUGGGCCUCACUGACAAGCAGAAGGUGGAGUGGAACUCAAGGACUGUGUCAACGUUCCAUGCACUGUUGGUGGGAAUCUUCUGUCUCUGCAUCUUGUUCUUUGAUGAUGCCGUCAACGAAGAUCCAGUCUGGGGGGAUCCUACACUGGUGAAGACUAAUGUUGCAAUCACAACAGGCUACCUCAUAUCAGAUCUGCUGCUUAUAUUUUACUAUUGGAAGGCGAUAGGGGACAAGUUUUUUGUAGUUCACCAUCUGGCAGCACUGUAUGCUUACUACUAUGUACUGGGCGAAGGAAUGUUGCCUUAUUUUGCUAACUUCCGUCUGCUUGCUGAGUUUUCCACACCAUGUGUGAACCAGCGUUGGUUCUUUGAGGUACUAGGAUAUCCCAAGUCGUCCCGGCCCAAUAUGGCAAACGGCGUCGCCAUGGCAGUUGUCUUUUUCAUGGUCCGCAUCGCCGUCAUGCCGGUCUACUACAGUCGCAUGUACGCGGUGUACGGCACCGAGGCCUUCUACCUGGUGCCCUGGGGGGGCCGCGUGGCCUGGAUCUGCUCCAGUAUCUGUUUGGACAUCAUGAACAUCAUGUGGAUGCACAAGAUUGCACGCGGCUGCUAUAAGGUGCUGCGAUCCGCGCGCCAGAGCAAAGCUGCAGCACCUCAGGAGAACGGGAAGACGGACUAACAGAACCAGGAUGUCAGCGGAGUGAAAACACCGCAACAAAAGAGACAAUUCUCUCGAUGCACUGCCAGUAGCGGUUUGGACCCUCAGGUUGAUACCGUGGCAGCAGAGCAGGACUUAACCCUGCAGGACCGAAUGUAAUGAGUUUUUUUUCUUCUUCUUCUUUUUGAAGGGGGGGGGGGAAGCAGAGAGCCUCCUAGAUGUUUAAAUGGACCAGUGAAGUGGUCGUACCUAAGCCAUGAUUAAGACUUUCAAGCAAUACUUUAUGUGCAUGGCCAAUUUAUUUCUCAUGAGCAGUACUGAACAACUCCUCCGUGAACAAAAAAGGACUGUUAGCCCAACUAUAAAUUGUCAAAAAGUAUCAUUUUUUUCACGUUUCUUACUCAACAGAAGGUUUUGUUUUAUUUAAAUAUGAGCGGCACACAGAAAACAAGGAAACGUGAGUUAACAUUCAUGAAUAAGCCAGGAUUUGAGGUGGUUCGGUUGCUCAACGAUGACGGUCAGUGCCAUAGGUUCGUUGCAGGAUGCCCGUCGAAGAAGGUUGAGACACAAACUGAAUGAGCUGCGUUCUCAGAGAGAGGUAGAAACUCAUUUCAUCUCUCCUCUUGGUUACCUUCGCAGGGGUAUUAAAAGCUUGGUUGGAAGGGCAUUUGUUCGUAGUUUAUUUGUUUUGUCUUGCUGGCGUCAGGGCAAAUUAGUUUUAUAAAAUCUAUAAUCUUGACUGCUAUGUGAUAGAACAAAAAAAAUGAUUUGUAAAGCACUUUUUGUAAAGCUUAAAGGGAAACCUAAAGCGGACGGUUGCGUUUUGCGAUUCAAGGUUAGAAAUGGAAAAUUCUGAGGUCACACUGAUCUGUUUAGCCAAAUGAUGCAUGAAAGCCACCUGAUAUUACUCAAAAUGAAAGGGAGAGUAUUGCACUGCUUAAAUAAACGUUUUUAAAACUAUUUUUUGGCACUUUUUUUUGCAUUCAGUUCAUCACUUUAAGAAAUACUUGUAUAAUCGUGAGACUGAUCCAAUAGAGAGCUGGUAUGGAAUUGGUUUGGAUGAUUUUAAAAAUCAAGAUAUUAUAAGAGUAUAUAAUUAGCUUUUUUUUUUUACAUAAUGAUAUUUUAAAAUUCAGGUUAAAAAAAACUCAACAAAUGAUUUGAUCAUCUGUUACAUCAUUUUAUUUGUAUGUAAUAAGGACGUUUGUAAUCUGUUUCAUACAGGAGAAGCUUUAAAUUGUUUUGACAGAGAGCUUCAGAUUCAAGGUAUUUUUGAUUUCUACUUGUGCUUUUUUUCCCCCCUGAUCCAAGAUUGUUUGCUUUUUAACGCACAAAAAAAUAUGAAAAAAAAAAUAUUGGGGAGAAUUUAGAUUUAACUGUAAUAAUUUUGCUAAAAAAAAAAAAGUUCGAUCCUGAGAAGAUUAGGAGCAUUCCCUGAGUGUAAUGUGUCGUUGGUUUAUAUAAAGGUUUCAGCCCACUCAUGGUUUUCAGUACAUACUUGAAAUUCUGUGAGCUGUACAGAAAAAAGCUCCCAUCAGAUUUUUAUUUAGGCAGAGGUAAGGAUUGUUACAUAUUUUUUACGUAUGCCUUGCUGUUCUCAGUGUUCAAUUUUGUUGCCUUUGUAGAACAACCUAUGACUGCACGGUGGAUAUUUUCAGACACUCAUCACAAAAACUGCAAACUUUCCCAGUCUGAUUCCCCUCUAAUGUGAUUGCUUCGCCUUUCUUGUAUUGUAUUUUUUUUUUUUUUUUUUUACACAAAAGCUACGAAUGGCAGAGCUUCUGUUUAGUUGAGUUUUCUUACUUAAUUUUUUUUUUUUGUAUGUAUGUAUGUGGAGUUCUUUUAUUUUCCUCCUGAGAUUCCUUCUCAUCGCAUUUUUUAAAAUAACAGCAUGAAAUGCUUACGCUGUUUGUUCAUUGCUGGCAAAGUGCUCGGGACGAAUUUUGGCAGUGGCGAAUGUGCCGCAUGUCAUCUUCAGGUGAAUAAUCAUUAAAAGGAAGAAUGUGUUGACUGCUGACUUAUCAGUUGGAUUCAGUGGAAACAGCAGCAGGCUCUUUCUGAAUGGAAACAGGGUGAACUUAACGUGCAAGCUCCUGUACGCUCAGUAUGGCCGUCUUCAUGCACCUUCUGUAACUGCAUGUGGGUUUUUUUUUUUUUUUUGCAUGGGGACUGCAUUGUAAACAAAUUAGCAUAUACAUUUGUGAAGACCAGCUUUGCUCUCUUUUCUUACGACAUGUAGAUAAUGUUUACUUAAACUUUUCUCUUGUACUGUGCCACAAAAUGUAGUCCACAGGAAAUGAUGAUUAACGACGUGAUGCUAACAUGAACAAGCAGAUAUUUAGACUAGUAUCCAGCACAGAAAUAUACAGUAAGGGAAUACUUGAAUACUAAUCAGCACAGUUUAUAACAAUCUGGGCAGUGCAAAAUAAACAUGAAUCUUACAACCAUCCUGCAUUAUAUGUGUUGCAUUGUUUGUUUUUUUUAAUGUUAUUCCAACUGGAGUUGACAUAAUAGGAAGGUGGUGCAUUUUAAACAGAAGCUGUUGCUUCUAGCAGCUGUGUCUUGUUGGUGUUUCUGUUUUCAAUGCCUUUUGAGGAAACGUGUCGGAGUAGUUGGAGUGUUUUGUGACAUUCUGUGAAUGUACUGGCGAUAGAAAUUUGUCAAAUCACAUUUUCAGUUCUUCUUGAAAAUAAAAACCAAAUUAACUUGUGA